AUGGCGGAUCCAGUGGCCGCCGCGCUCAGCCGGCUCAAUCAGACGGUGGAGGAGCUGGGCGCCCUCGCCGAGACGUACGCGAGCAGCGAGGCGUGGCCGCAGGCCAUCGCUACUGGAGUAGCCGAAAACAGUCACAACAUCAUCCGUGAGGCGGGUGGCAUCCCACCGCUCGUGGCGCUGCUUGCGGGCGGGGCGGAGUCAGUGGCCGCGGAGGAUGCGGCGGGCGCGCUGUUUAAUGUGGCGGCCACGUCGGCCAACAAAGAAGCGAUCCGCGAGGCGGGCGGCAUCCCGCCGCUCGUGGCGCUGCUGGCGGGCGGGGUGGAGUCAGGCGCGGCGGAGAACGCGGCGGCCGCGCUGUGGAACAUGGUGAUCGGUUGCGACGUCAACAGCGACGCCAUCCGCGAGGCGGGAGCCAUCCCGCAGCUCGUGGCGCUGCUAGCGGGCGGGGUGGAGUCCAAGACGGCGGAGAACGCAGCGGGCGCGCUGUUGGGCCUGUCGAGAAAUGAUGGAGCUCACGCUGCUAUCCGUGAGGCGGGAGCCAUCCCGCCGCUCGUGGCGAUGCUGGCGGGCGGGGCGGAGUCCAAGACGGCGGAGAACGCGGCGGGUGUGCUGUGCAACAUGGCAUCCGGGAACACGGCCACCUGCGACGCCAUUCGCGAGGCGGGUGCAAUCCCGCAGCUCGUGGCGCUGCUGGCGGUCGGGACAGAGUCAGGGGCGGCGGAGAACGCGGUGGGUGCGCUGGCGAACCUGGCAAUCGAUUGCGACGUCAACAGAGACGCCAUUCGCGAGGCGGGCGGCAUCCCGUCGCUCGUGGCGCUGCUGGCGGGUGGGGCGGCUUCGGGCGUGGCGGAGACUGCGGCGGACACGUUGAAAGAAAUGGAGCACUUCGACGCGGUGCUGUCGGCCGUCGCCAGCGCCCACGCCGACACCGCCGCCUUCGAAGACUUGCACGCUGCACUCGUCAACGCGGCCACCGCCCGGCUGGAGGCGGCGGAGGCGGGCACCGACGCGGAGCGGCGCGCGCGGCGCGAGUCGUUUGGGCUGGGCGCGCUGCCGCCGCCCGAGGAGUUCAACUGCCCGCUGACGCUCGAGCAGAUGCGCGACCCGGUGGUGGCCUCGGACGGCAACUCGUACGAGCGCGCCGCCAUCGAACGCGUGCUCCGCGGCGACGGCCUCAGCCCCUUGACGCGGCAGCCGCUCGAGCGGACCCUCUUCCCCAACCGCGCGCUCAAGCGGCGCAUCGAGGAGUACGAGGAGAGGGACUUGCAGAUCGCGGCGAUGGUCGUGGCGGCGACGGGCGAGCGCGGCGAGGCAAGCGGAAGCGCCGAGCCCGCGCCAAAGCGGAGCCGCACUCGACGCUCCAGCCAGGUGACGUGA